AUGGCUGCUACGGAGGAUUCUCAGAACGAAACCCUCGCACUUUUCAAGAAUAUCGCCGCUCUGGAUGAUAACGAAGUUGCGAGAGCCAUUUUGUCUGCGCACAACUGGAACAUUGAAAGAGCCGUUGAUGCUUUCCUGACUCGCGGUGUCGAGGGCGCACUGCAGCCGCCUAAUCGAACUGGAAGUUUGGAAUUCGCGUCAACAUCUGACACCUCGGGCACUACACCAGAUGCGUCCGAGCUGUCGAGUGCCCCGGUCUCUGGGCAGCUGCACGCGUCUAGGCUCAGUGAGUCGCAGCCGCUGACACCCGCACUCGCGGAAACGUCGACACCGGAGCGGGCGCUGCAGCCGGCACUGGCACAAGCAACACCUUCAGGUGUGCUGGGGCAUCUGCGUCGGCUCCUGGCGCUCCCCUUCCAAGCAUUACGCAUGGUAUUAGCAUGGUGCGCAUCUCUGGUGACUCGUAUUAUGGGCAUAGAUCGUUAUUACCGAUACGCUGGUCGCUCGCGAGCUGUGGGCGCAGCCGCAGUCGCCGAGCUAGAGGAGAACUUGCGCACUAGAUACGGUAUGACAAUCCGCUAUCCAACGAUUUACCAUGGAACAUUCAAGGAAGCCCUGGAGCACUCAACGCAGAGGUGCAAAUUGGUGCUGCUCUACUUGCAUUCAGAAAUUCACCACGCGACAGAUCGUUUCGUCCGUGAGAUACUUUCGGAUGAGAGCUUCAUUCAGUUUGUGAAUGAGAACUUUGUUUUCUAUGCAGCCUCGGUGAACCGUUCUCCUGAAGCAGUAGAGCUGGCCUCCUACUUCACACCUGCCGGAUACCCGUACCUGGCGGUGGUCUUCGCUUCACGUCGAUGGCCGCUCGGGCAGCUGAUCGAUCUUCGAGUACUAAGUGAUUUGGAUCGUUCGAUGCGUGGUGGCAGAGACGCGCCAAUCACUGCCACUGAUGUGCUGUUAUGGCUCCAGAAUGUGCUUCUGGAGUACGGGGAUGCGCUUCGAACUGCUCAUACCAUGCGUGAGCGACGCCGAUCAGCGCAGCGACUGCGUGAGGAGCAAGAUAGAGAGUUUCAAGAGGCGCUGGCGGCGGAUCAAGCAGCGGAACGUGCCCGUCGAGAAUUCGAGCAACGCGCUCGUGAGGAAGCAGCGGAGCAGGAUCAACGAAGGCGCGAACGGAUGGCGAUGCUGGAUCGUAAGCGGGCUGCCCUAGGCCCUGAGCCAGAACCGGGUGAGCAUGUCGUCACAGUGCUACUACGCUUACCAGACGGAAAGAGUACUCAGCGUCGCUUCGAGUUAUCACGGAGCUUCCGCGAUCUUUUCGACUGGGCCGAGACCUCUGCCGAUAUCGACUUUGAUCGCUUCGAGCUCACCACGAACUUUCCCAAGCGAGCGUAUUCGCCAGCGAGCCACAGCGCGAUGACGCUCGCUGAAGCCGGCUUCAAACAGCGAGUUGCCCUGCUCGUCACCGAGAUCGGCUGGACUAGAGCUCUUCCGGACGCAAGCGGCAAAGCAGAUGUAUCCGAUGGGAACGGCAACGUAGAGCAGAAGCAUCUCGAGCAGGGAAAUAGUAGCGAAUCGAAAAAGCAGGUUUGA